AUGAGCGAGGAGCCAGGGCAGGGUACCGGCGCGCCUGACUGGGGCGUGCCUGUGCACCUAGACGUGCCACCGAUGGAGUCUGCAGGACAGUCCUCCGCGCCAAUCUCGCCGACACCGCCGCCGGGGCAGCUUCCCUACUCGCCGUCGCCGCAGCCGGCUGGCUUCUUUCCUGUGGAAGCGCGUGCGAUUCCGCCGCACCUCGGCCUCGCGCUGAGCGAGGGGCCGUACGCGGACUCGCCCGCCUCGCCCGCAAGUGCAGGGAGUGCGCCCGAAGAGCGCAAGGCCGUGAGCCCUUCGCACGUCCUCCCCCCCAAUUUUCGCGGUCCUAUUCCACGCGAAGGCGACGCCGAGACCAUCGCGCCGAGGCCGACGUGGAUCCCGGCGUUUGAAGACGCCUCCCUCGGUCAGCUGCACAACUUUCCGCUGAACAAAAACGGCUGGCGCUACACUGCCGCCGGCCCCGCCGCCGAAUGGCUGCCGACGACCGUCUACAAGACGCUGGAGCUGGCGCCAGAAGGCGUGCACUGGUCCUGGCAGGACCGCAGUGCAUUUAUGCGCAUCAGCGACGAUGCGAUGGUCGUCGGCACCGACAAAGGCUACCGCAGUGUGCGGACCAACCUCGGCGUGCGCCAUGGUGCAUGGUACGUCGAGGUCGAGAUUCUCGCGCCCGACGCGUCGAGCAUGCCGUCCACGCCGAUGCGCGACGGCCCCCAUGCGCGCGUCGGUUUUGCGCGCCGCGAAGCGGGCCUCAAUGCGCCGGUCGGCUGGGACGGGUACAGCUACGGCGUGCGCGACCAGAACGGCGCACGCGUCACUCUAUCGCGUCCCAAGCCGUUUGGGCGUGCGUUUGGCCCCGGCGACGUAGUGGGCCUGUAUAUCCGCCUGCCGUCCGAAUCGACCCCCCCGCCGAGCGGCACGGAGCACAGCAUCCACCAGAAUCGCGUUCCGAUCCGGUACAAAGGCCAGCUCUAUUUCGAGAGUCUCGAGUACCCUCCCUCGAAGGAGAUGGAGGUACUCAUGGACAGGAACCGGCGUGGUGAGACGCUGUGCAAUGAUGCCGACGGCGCGCCCAAGCCCGCCCCCCCUGGCAAGGCGGCUGACCGCGACGAGAAGCGCCCUGGCCAGGCGGGCCGUGCGAAGCGCGCUCCCCUGCGCGCCCUGCCCACGCUCUCGGGAAGCUGCAUCGGGUUUACGGUGAAUGGCGAGCCCCAAGGCAUUGCCUUUACGGACCUGUAUGACUUUCGUCCCCUCGCUGCUGCCGAGACCGCGCCGAAGAAGCGCGAGCGCAAACGCGGCGCGGAUGGCGAAAUUACCGCACACACCAGUGUCAGUGCGGUGCUACGCAGUCGGCUGAAUGCGUACGACGACGGCUCCCUAGGCUACUACCCUAUGGUCUCGUUGUAUGGCGGUGCACGUGCGCGGCUCAUUCCACGCGACUUUCGCUACCCCCCACCCCCCCACCUGGAGGAUGUGCUUUGGAGCGCGAAUGAGGCGCGUGGGGAGCCUACGCUCCAUAAAUCCCCAGCGCCGGCAUGGCAGCCGUUUGCGGCGCGUUGGCGCGAGUGCGUCCAAGAAUGGGAACGGCACGACCGCGCCGCGGACCGCGACGCGUCUAAAAUCGUCGGCGCCAAGGAAGGGCCACAUCUAUCUAAUUAA